AUGCAGGAGUUAAAAGGCCUCCAACGGAUCUAUGCGGCGCUUCAUCCUCUACACUACAGCCGCUGUGAGAUCGCGCCACUCGACGAUCCAGCAGGCGCCGGCUUUAAGGUCCAGCGUCGUUGGGCCAAGGAAGGGAACCGCACCGCUGAGUUUGCUCUCAAGAACUUGCGCUUCACCAAGAUGGGUGAGCUUGUGGCUAUGUGCUCGGCCGAGGUCCGCAGCUUUGAAGCGGCCCCUCGAGUGGAUCUGGAGGGCCUGGUGACGUACUUCAUCGGCAUGGGCAUGGAGAAAGCCGAGGCACCCAAAAACAAAUUCAGCGUGGUGUCUUUGAACUGCAAAGCAGUGAGGGAGAACAGCUUGCCAGAAGAGGCGGUCCAGCAAAUGGAGGGCCGAAUCCGGCGACAGGCCAUGUUGUACCAUGCAGACGUGGUGUGCAUUCAGGGCCUUGACCCGGAGAAUGGGAAGGUCGGGGAGGGCGUCACCAUGCAACUCACCUGUGACAACUACAGAUGGAAACAUUUCAAGGGGCCAAACGACGAGGUGAGCAUUGUCUUCUUUGACGAGCACCGCUUUAAAUUGGUGGCCGAACACGAACACCUGGGCGCCUUGGACCUUCAGUUCUGUGAGGAUGAAGCUCAAAUCCUUCGCGUGGCUAGCGUCACGGUGCAGGCGCCUUCACAGAAGGAACUUUCAGAGCUUUUGAGCCCGGAGGUCAAAGCCUUGGUGAUCGCAGCGGAUUGCUUGCCCAUCGGAGGCACAGAAGUCAUAAAUAUGGUGCAGGAAUUUGAGGACUUACAUUCAGCUUACAUGGACAUUGGGAAGGAGGAGGUUUGGACGCCUGUGGGCAAGUGGGACCCUUUGGCUCGCCGCCAGCGGGCCAUGAAGAACAGUAUAAGCGGAACACUGAAGCUUCACAGCCCCGACUGCAUUUUGUGCAGGGGCGUGGAGGCGAUCGCUACCCUUGCAGGGCACAGGCCUAUGUACCUCAUGACCCUGAGCCCAGAGGAAGCAGCUGCCCAGUUUCCGACUCUUCGCAUGCCCCUCCUGACCAUGUUUCAGUGGCCUACACAGGCCAAAAGCUGA